AUGACUAAAGCCAAAGAAAAGUCUCGACCAUAUGAGUGUGGUUUGUGUGGUAAACGAUUUUUAGGAAAAAAUGAUUUGCGCAAACAUAGUAGAACUCAUUCAGGUGAACGACCCUUUGCUUGCAAUGAUUGUGGUCGCAGGUUUAGACAGGCAGUAGCUUUAAGAAAUCAUAUAACUUGCCAUCAUUCUAGUAGUUUGGACGAGAAAACUGAACUAUUUAUUUGUGAAUAUUGUAAAAAGAUUUUUCCUUUAAAAGAAAGACUUCGUUUACAUCUCCGAGUCCAUACUGGUCACAAACCUUAUCAGUGUCCUAAUUGCCCUAUGCGUUUUGCUCGUGGUGGUCAACUCAAACAGCAUUCUUAUACUCACUCAGGUCUGAGGCCUUAUAAAUGUAAACAUUGUGCUGCUACAUUUACUACUUCGGGUAAUUUAAAGCUCCAUGUUAACAGACAUUUAGAAGUUCGAGAUUAUACUUGCCAUCAGUGCGGGAAAAGCUUUAUAAGGCCAGAUGCGCUGAGAAAGCAUUUGACUUGUUUUCAUGAAAAUGUUAAGACAUUUCAUUGUGAUAUUUGUAAUAAAGAAUUCAAAGGGCAUCUCCCACAGCAUUUACGUACACACUUUCAAGAGAAACCACAUGGCUGUUCUGCUUGUGGAGCUACAUUUGCUCAAAGAUCUCAUCUCAUAGUUCAUCAAAGAACUCACUCUGGAGAGAAGCCCUAUCGAUGUCAGGUUUGUUGGAAAGCAUUUGCACAUUCAACAGCUUUGCGUUUGCAUAUUCGCAGACACACUGGAAAACCUUACAGGUGCAAAUUGUGUAAAGAGAAUACUGUAGCAUUUUCACAAUUGCCCCAUUUGAAAAAGCACAUGCUUUUGGACUAG